AAAGAGCUAUUUAAAAGGAGAAGGACUGGAGGCACACAUACAUUUUCUCAUAAGCUCAGAAAGUUCCAAAGGAUUAAAGAUUAAAACAAUUGGAAUUGCAUUCGUUUUGCUUGGGCUUUCCCCUUCCUUUCUCCGCCACUGUCUUUUCAUCUCCAGUCAUUUACGCUAAAGGAAGAAAAGCCCUUCAGAGAUAUAUAUGUUUAUAUAGCUUUCUGCUUCUUAAAAACAACAACAGCAAAAAAAAAAUUGGACCAAAAGACAAAGAGCGGAAAGAAAAGGGUCAACUUCCAUCCUGUUCCACUGAGAUUCAGAAGCCUGCUUUUGCUUUCUUUUAACAGGCGUGUGGAAAAAGAAGACAAAGUCAUUUGGAGAAAGAAAAAAGGACUUGGCAACAAGAGAAGAAGAAGAAAAAAAAAACACCCUAUAUUUCUGGAAAAAGCAUUUUGAUUGUUUGUUCUUAGAAACGUAAGAAAAGAAACCAGCAGCUUCAGAUUCAAGCCUGCAAAGUUGACUGAAGGCUCUACUUUUUUGCAGCUAUAAACCCUGAAAGACAGCGGACAGAGCUGUCUGUUAUCUGCAUUUAUAUUUUGCCUCCUUUCUUCGUAUUAUUUUUGUCGAUCUCAGAGCCUUCUCUUUUGUCCUUAAAUGAACUUUCUCCCCUAAAAUCACUGCACUUUUUGUUGAUCCAUCCCUUUUAUUUUUUUCCCUCCCCUUCAAACUUGACUUAUAAAAUAUCUGUCCCCAAUGUUUCUCCUUUUGCUUGCCAGCUGUUGCAGUCUGGUGGUUGCAGUGGAUGUCUGGCCUCAUGCUGGCAGGUAUCAGGAGGAAAUAAUAUUUCCAGAGAGGAUAAAUGCCACCUUAUUCCCUACGCAUGCCGUCAAAGAUGGCAUCUUUGACAACAGCUUGGGUGGCAGCAGUCACCCGAAUGAGCGGCUCUCCUAUUCUUUCCGAGUGUUUGGUGAAGAACUGGUUCUAAAUUUGGAGGAAGACCCCAGCUUCUUCGCCGAGGGCUUGAUGGUCCAAUAUUUGGGCAGGUCUAGGGAAGCGUUGAACAACCUGAUCGAACAAGGCGUCUACUUCACCGGAACAGUGAACUCUGACUUGGACUCGAUCGCAGCCGUCCAUUACAACGGGGUCUCUUUGCGGGGAGUGCUGCAGUACCAGGGUGCAGAAUACCACAUUCAGCCCUUGGAAGGGGAAGCACCAAACAGAGCUGGAGAAUUUGGUGCCCAUGUGGUGAGAAAGAAGGUGCUGGAGAAGGCGGAUGGACCAAUGUGUAACGUGGGAGCCCAGAUGCCAGAGAGCAUGCCAGCUGCAGGAGGCGAACACUUCGCCAAGGCGGAAGACGCUCCGAAGAGAGCAAAGCGGUUUGCUUCCAUCCCACACUACGUGGAAACCUUGGUGGUGGCAGAUGAGGAAAUGGUGCGUUUCCACGGUGCGGGCCUGAAGCCGUACUUGCUCACCAUCAUGGCAGCCGCUGCCAAGUUCUUCCGCCAUCCCAGUCUAAAGAACCCUGUCAACUUGGUCGUGACCAAAAUGGUUGUGAUCGGAGAAGCUGAAGAUGGGCUGAAGGUGUCAUCAAAUGCUGCUGAGACACUACGCAACUUCUGCACUUGGCAGAAAGGCCUCAACAAACCCAGCGACAAGGACCCUGAGCAUUUUGACACAGCCAUUCUCUUCACCAGGCAGGAUCUCUGUGGGCGCUCCAGCUGUGGCACUCUGGGCAUGGCGGACGUUGGCACUGUAUGUGACCCAACACGCAGCUGCUCUAUUGUUGAGGAUGACGGGCUCCAGUCUGCCUUCACUGCAGCACAUGAACUUGGACAUGUCUUCAACAUGCUGCAUGACGACGACAAGCACUGCAGAGAGCUGAACUACCACAGCAAGUCUCGCCAUAUGAUGGCUUCCGUUAUGACCCCUGUGGACCCCAAUGAGAUGUGGUCGCCAUGCAGCGGGCGCUUCAUCACUGACUUCCUAGACAAUGGCCAUGGUUCUUGUCUCUUAGACAAACCACAUGAACCCCUGAGCCUGCCAGCUGUCUUCCCUGGCAGCAAUUACGAUGUGGACCAGCAAUGCCAGCUGAGUUUCGGGCCUGACUCGCGCCACUGUCCCAAUAUGCAACUGCCAUGUUCCUCACUGUGGUGCACGGGUCGGAUUAAUGGGCAAUUCAUGUGCCAGACCAAAUACUUCCCCUGGGCCGAUGGGACGCCUUGUGGGGAAGGCAAGAGCUGUAUGAGUGGCCAUUGCAUCAGCAAAGUGGAGCUGAAGGCAUAUAAUAUCCCCACGCAUGGAGGUUGGGGACGCUGGGGUCCGUGGGGUGAAUGCUCACGCACCUGCGGAGGAGGAGUGCAGUAUUCCACCCGAGAAUGCGACAAGCCUGUCCCACGCAAUGGCGGCAAAUACUGCGAGGGGAAACGUACGCAGUAUCGCUCUUGCAAUGUCCAGGAUUGCCCUGAUGGAACCGCCUUGACGUACCGGGAACAGCAAUGUGCUGUUUACAACCACCGCACAGACAUGUUUAAAGACUACCCUGCCCCAAUGGACUGGGUGCCUCGCUAUAGUGGUGUGGCUCAACGGGACCAAUGCAAGCUGACCUGCCAGUCCCAUGCGCUGGGCUAUUAUUAUGUCCUUGAACCAAAGGUAGCUGACGGAACACCCUGCUCUCCUGAAUCCAGCUCUAUCUGUGUCCAGGGACGCUGCGUCCAUGCUGGCUGCGAUCGUAUCAUUGGCUCCAAAAAGAAGUUUGAUAAAUGCAUGGUGUGUGGCGGGGACAACUCUGCCUGUACCAAGAUCUAUGGUUCCUUCACCAAACCGCAGUACGGCUACAAUGAUGUGGUCACCAUCCCUGCAGGAGCCACCCACAUUUUGAUCCGCCAGAGCAGUGGCUCUUCGUCUGCCAGUGAUGGUAUUUACCUGGCCCUUCGCCGACAGGACGGCUCUUACGCCCUCAAUGGCAACUACAUCCUUGUGCCCUCUGAGCAGGACGUUCAACUGCGUAGUGGGUCUGCCCUACGCUACAGCGGGGCCACCAAAGCCAUGGAGAUGAUCACGGGCCGUGGGCCACUGAAGGAGCCUCUCACUCUACAAGCCUUGGUGGUGACUGACCAGAGGAUCCCUCGCCUUAAGUACACCUUUUUUGUCCCCAAGGCUCCAAAGAGACUCUCAAAUCAAUGGCUUAAACAGAAAGCCCGCAUCUUAGAGGUCCUAAGGAACCGACGAGGCCACAAACAGACCCUCCAGUGAAAUGGCUCUGGUUGGGCUUCGUACGUGGUUCUACAGUAUGGUGUAUCUGCACAAAGAAGGAGGACCUCAGAGGAAUGUUUUAAGGUGUCCUCUUUUCUGAACAUGGCACAAUGGCAACCUUUGCAAGGGUCUCUUAAGAAGCACAAACCGCUAACAACUGGGUGCCAUGCUGGUCUCUGUUGGAGAGAUGUUGGUGUCUCAGGAUCUUUCCAGACUCUUCUGCACCAUGGAGAGAGAUCUUGUGGCACCUUUGAGACUAACUGAAAGAAAGAAGUUGGCAGCAUGAGCUUUCGUAGACUAAAGUCUACUUCCUUGGACGCAUUUUUGGGACUUCAGCAGCAUAUUAUUGACUCUUUUCCUGGGCACAUGGCUCUGCCUUAACCUCCUUAGCCGUGCAGGACACAGACCAAGAGAGGAGAAGGAGAAGAAAACUUAGCAAUCCAAAUGGCUUGUAUGGCUGGCCCUUUCUGUGUCCCUUGGGGCAUGUGAGAAAGUGCGCACGUGUGUAUUUGCCUUCAUGUCGCCUGUCGACUUAUGGCAGCUCCAUGAAUCUCACAGGGUUUUCUUAGCCGACGAAUCCUCAAAUGUGGUUUUGCCAGUGCCCUCCUCUGAAAUAAUGCUUACAGCAGCUGGUACUCAGUGGUGGGUCUCCCAUCCACAUACUAACCAGGGGUGACCCUGCUUUGCUUCCAGGAUCUUAUGCCUUUAGGCCCUUAUAGAGUGAUAGACCAGAUUCCACACAUGAAUAGGGAAGGGAAAAACCUCUGGUUCCUAGUUUUUGAAAUGCCAGCAAAAAAGAAAGAAGAAGAAAAGAAAAAGAAAAGUGGGCAUCAGUUCUGGAAUAAUAACAUUGGGUUAACUGAGGCCUUCAAGGGGUCUGUUAUCCAUUAUGGCUGUACCCUUCUCGAUUCCCAGUCUCUCCUAUACUUUAUUUAUUAUCGGUUGUAUUUAUUCACCACUCGUAUGUAGAGUUUUAGUGGCGUGGAGGGCUUUUCUCUUUAAAACAAUACCAGAAAUGCAGAACGAAGUAGGCAACAAUGUUCCUUCACGCUCCCUGAAAACGUGGCAAACUUUCACCACACGUUUGCUGGAACGGCCAGAAAAGAAAUGUGCUUGAAUCAGCGAUGUCUACCUCAGCCUCCUAAGCGCCUCCUUCCUUUCUAGAAGUAACUCUUUCCUGGGCGCCUCAGCUCUCUUGGCUUCAACCAAGCCUCUACUAGAAAGGCCAAGCCAUUUUGGAGCGUGCGGCCUUUUCUUGCGGCAAUUGUUAGGCACCGGAGAAAUUAUAGUUAUUAUGGUUAUAGUUCUCCAAGGGGAGAACUUCAAUGUCUUGGCCUGAGUCAACCAUCCCUUCAUUGGUGGGGUCUGGUCCGCAAUCUCUGGAGAUUUUCACAUGGGCAAAAGUGACGGGAGCGU